AUCUCAACCGGCAAAUAGCCAAGGCGAAAGAAUCUUGAUCAUGAUCGUGAUCAUCAUUAUGAUCACUACCUUGACUCUGAGGAGAAACAGAGAAAGAGAGAGAGAUACAGAGAGCCAGAAACUGCACGAGAAACGUUAUGUGAGCGAAAUGAGGCAAAGGCAGUGGGCAAAGGCAAAGGCAAAAAGGCAAAGGCAGCAACGCACACAAAACACUCUCACUCUCUCUCACACAGGUGCGCGCUCGCUUCGCCGUUUUAUUUUUCUCACCUGGGUAGCAGCAGCGGCGGCGAAUAUCUCGUUAUUUUCUGACUCAUACGAAAGCGAAGUUUCGCCGCCGCUGCUCUCUCUCUCUCUCUCUUUCUCUCUCGACUUACGGUGUUUUCAAUUCGCCGUCUAACUGAGUUUGUUGUAGCGGCGAGAUCGAUCGGUUGACUUUGGUUUGGCCUAACUGACUACCUCGAAUACAGUAAGUGGCGAGCCGGCGUUGUGAAUGCACGUGUUUUCGCUUCAACACACUCACCUGGGCGAAACCCAAAAAACAAAAAAAAUAAAACACCAAAGCAAACUACACAAAACACACAUCAAAUAUACAAUAUAAAACACUGUGUUGUGCAUUCAUUAUACAAAAAAUAUAUAUCAAAAUAUAUAUAAAUAUAUAUAUUCAAAUCCAUCAAAACAGAAACAAAUUUUUUUCAAGUAAUAUUUUUUACAAGUGCGUCGAAAAAAAAAGAAGAAAAAAGAACCCAAAAAGUGUUUGAGAACCCAAACUAGAGAAAAAUUUAUCAACUUUUCUCAAAACUAAAAACUAAUAUUUUUUUGCAAAAAAAAAAAACCCAAGAAAAAUUAUUUUUCUAAAAAUUUUAUAAAACACAAAAAAAUUCCACAAGACAAUUUUUUUUCAAGUACAUUUUUUUCCAAGUGUUUUUUAAGGAAAAUAAACCCUACCCAAGACAGAACCCCCUAAAAAAAACUACAAUCCUUGGCUUUCCAAUUGACUCUUCUUUCGACUUUGAAGAAUCGAAAAAAAGACAAAACUUAGAAAAGACAUGAAGAGGGCCAAACAGAAGUUGGCCUGAGCUCGGCUCAUGACAAAAUCAAAACUAAAAAUCAAACAAUUUUUUUUUUAAAACUCAGUGGACGAGCGGCGAACAAACAUACACACACACAUUGGAUUAGUGUUUUGUUUAUUUCGGACCCACUGUUUACUGUCCCUCGUCCACCCAAAAAAGGAAAAAAAUAAAAAAUCACCACAAAAAAAAUAAUCUCCGCCUCCUUGAGAAGAAUUCGUCGCGUGUAACCGGUCGCGUUUCGCGUUUCAUUGAUCGCUAAUCGUUUAUCGUUAAUCGUCCAAUUGCAAAUCGCACAAAUUGCAACUUGUUCCAACCCCGAUUAAUCCUCCUUCAACAUGCCGAAGAUUUUCUUGAUCAAAAAUCGCCUGCAUCAGCAGCAACAGCGUUUGCUAGAAUCGCAAAAUUUGUUGCAACACAAAAAUCAGGAUGAUGAGCGUCUGGUGCCACCACUCAGUCCCACUAGUGGUAGUGGCGGCAGCGGUACUUCGCCAACGCCCAGCGCCCAACCACCAGCACCACCACCAACACCACCGGAACCGCAAGGUCAGGGGCAACAGGUGCUCGGACAGGUGCCCGAUUCAGAUCAACAACCGUUGAGCCUCACGCGCAAGCGUUUCCACCAUCGUCGUCACUAUUUCGGACAAUCGCGUCACAGUCUCGAUCAUCUCAAUCAAAAUCAAAAUCAGAACCUUAAUCAAAUACAAAAUCCUGCGGAAUUGGAAGUCGAACGAGCUACGGGAAAAGUUGAAAAUGAAAACUUUGCUGCUGAAUUGCUACAGCGUUUAACCCCAAACACCACUACUAUCACCACCACAACAGCACAAAAUAAUAUUGUUAACCCCAUAACGCCUGUCAAAGGUGAUAAUUUGGUUAAUAAUAGUAAAGCCGCCACCUCCGUUUUAACCACAAAAGACUGCACAAUUGAAAAUUCCCCAAUCAGCAUACCAAAAAUUCACGAAGAAGACGACGAAGGAGAAGUGAAAGAACAGCAGGAGAAGGAGAAAGUAAAAGAGAGCGAGGAAGCGGUGGUAGUAGAAGAAAAGCUAAGCAAAGAUAAGGCGGCGGAGGGCGAAGAAGAGGAAGAGGAGGACGAAGACGAAGUUGUGGAUGUGGGUGUAGAAGCACCACGCCCACGCUUUUAUAAUACCGGCGUGGUUUUAACCCAGGCUCAACGCAAGGAAUAUCCCCAAGAGCCAAAGGAUCUGUCCUUAACCCUUACCCUCACCCAACAAUCCUCACCAGCUUCACCGAAAAGUGACUCCGAUUCGGAUUCCGAUUCGGAUGGCGGCUGCAAGCUAAUUGUCGAUGAGAAGCCUCCAUUGCCGGUGAUUAAGCCCUUAUCUUUGCGCCUGCGCAGCACACCGCCUCCAGCGGAUCAGCGACCAAGUCCGCCGCCUCCACGUGAUCCUGCGCCCGCUGUUCGCUGUUCGGUGAUCCAACGGGCACCGCAAUCUCAAUUGCCAACUAGCCGAAGUGGUUUCCUUCUGCCACCAUUGGAUCAACUUGGCCCAGAGCAACAGGAACCCAUCGAUUACCACGUUCCCAAGCGACGAAGCCCAUCGUAUGAUUCUGAUGAGGAACUGAACGCCAGACGGCUGGAAAGAGCACGACAGGUGCGUGAGGCACGACGCAGGAGCACCAUUUUGGCUGCCCGCGUCUUGUUGGCCCAGUCCCAAAGGCUAAAUCCGCGAUUGGUGCGCUCAUUGCCUGGUAUUUUGGCAGCCGCAGCCGGUCACGGUCGUAACAGUAGCAGUUCUAGCGGUGCUGCCGGUCAGGGUUUUCAAUCCUCUGGAUUUGGUAGCCAAAAUAGCGGCAGUGGUUCAUCUAGUGGGAACCAGAACGCCGGUAGCGGUGCUGGCUCACCAGGAUCCGGUGCCGGAGGCGGUGGUGGCAUGGGCGGUGGUCGUGACGGCCGAGGGAAUUACGGACCCAAUUCACCGCCAACGGGUGCAUUGCCACCAUUUUACGAAAGCUUAAAGAGCGGCCAACAGAGCACGGCCAGCAGUAAUACGGGCCAAAGUCCCGGUGGUAAUCACUCGCAUUUUAACGCAAAUCCAGCGAAUUUCCUGCAAAACGCAGCAGCGGCAGCAUACAUAAUGUCAGCAGGUUCCGGAGGAGGAUCUGGGAACGGAGGUGGUGGAGGAUCAGGAGCUGGCGGUGGAGCAUCGGCAAACGGUGGUGGUGGUGGUGGAGGUAAUGGUUACAUCAACUGCGGAGGAGUUGGUGGUCCAAACAAUAAUCUCGACGGUAAUAAUCUAUUAAACUUCGCCAGUGUUUCUAACUAUAACGACUCCAAUUCCAAAUUCCAUAAUCAUCAUCAUCAUCAUCAUCACAACAACAACAAUAAUAAUAAUAAUAAUAAUAACAACAACAAUGGUGGUCAAUCAUCGAUGAUGGGUCAUCCCUUUUAUGGCGGCAAUCCCUCAGCCUAUGGCAUAAUACUCAAGGAUGAACCGGAUAUUGAGUACGACGAGGCGAAGAUUGAUAUUGGAACCUUCGCUCAGAACAUUAUCCAGGCAACAAUGGGCAGCUCCGGUCAAUUCAAUGCCAGCGCCUAUGAGGAUGCUAUUAUGUCGGAUUUGGCCAGUUCGGGUCAGUGUCCCAAUGGUGCCGUCGAUCCGUUGCAGUUUACGGCUACAUUGAUGUUGAGUUCUCAGACCGAUCAUCUGCUAGAACAGCUAUCCGAUGCCGUGGACUUGAGUUCAUUCCUGCAGCGAAGCUGUGUGGACGAUGAGGAGUCCACCAGUCCGCGUCAGGAUUUCGAGCUGGUGUCCACGCCAUCGCUGACACCGGAUUCGGUGACGCCCGUUGAGCAGCAUAAUGCCAAUACAUCCCAAUUGGAUGCCCUGCAUGAGAAUCUGUUGACCCAAUUGACCCACAAUAUGGCCAGGAAUAGCAGCAACCAACAACAGCAGCAUCAUCAACAGCACAAUGUGCAACAGCAGCAGCAGCACAAUGUGCAGCAGCAACAGCAUAAUGUGCAACAGCAGCAUAAUGUACAGCAACAACAUGUUCAGCAACAACCACCGCCUUCAUAUCAACAUGCCACACGUGGCCUGAUGAUGCAACAGCAAACGCAGCACGGUGGUUAUCAGCAGCAGGCUGCCAUGAUGUCACAGCAGCAAUUGCUUAGCCAACAGCAACAAUCGCAUCAUCAGCAGCAACAUGCCGUUGCCUAUCAGCAGCAUAAUAUGUAUGCUCAACAGCAACAGCAGCAACAUCAUCAGCAACAGCAACAGCAUCAUUUCCACCACCAGCAACAACAACAGCAGCAACAGCAACAACAGUCUCAUCAUUCGCAUCAUCAUGGCCAUGGACAUGACAAUAGCAACAUGUCACUGCCUUCGCCGACUGCUGCUGCAGCUGCAGCUGCUGCGGCGGCUGCUGCUGCUGCUGCUGCGGCUGCCGCUGCUCAUUUGCAGCGACCGAUGAGCAGUAGCAGCAGCUCCGGCGGCACAAACAGUAGCAACAGCAGCGGUGGUAGCAGCAACAGUCCACUUUUGGAUGCCAAUGCUGCGGCAGCGGCAGCAGCCGCCUUGCUGGACACCAAGCCACUCAUCCAAAGCGUAAGUACUCCAUUUGUUAAGCAACUUAAUACUCAAUCACAGCAGCAAAAACAGGGAAAGCAAAUCACCUUGAUGAAGACCACCAGGUAUACGGAAUUUGUGGAGAUGGUAUCUCUGGAUGUACUAGUUAAGCCAGAGCCAUAUAUUGAAACCAAACCAGAGGUAACCGAAUUGCCAACCGAAGAGCUUACAUUGGAAACGGUGACGCCAGUAGAAGAAUCAGGAACUCAGGUUCCAACAACACCAUCACCACCACCACCAGCAUCAGCGCCACCAUCCUCUUCGGGCAGAAAGCUGCGUGGUCGGGCCAAGGCGGUGGCCUAUGGCUCUACUAUGAUCACACUUAUAUCCACUCUGAAAUCCUCGCCCGAAGUGCCGGCCACUAAGACGGUGCACCGCACCACUUUGAGAUCUUUGGCAUCGGCGGCGGCGGCCACUGCAGCAGGAUUGCUGGCGCCAUCGCCCACUGUUUCAGUUUUGAAUGAGAGCAAAGUCUUGCAACGGCGUUUGGGCCUACCGCCAGAUCUACAGCUGGAGUUUGUGAACGGUGGACAUGGCAUUAAGAACCCGCUGGCCGUGGAGAAUGCCCAUGGUGGCCAUCACAGAAUACGCAACAUCGAUUGCAUUGAUGAUCUCAGCAAGCAUGGCCACCACUCGCAGCAGCAGCAACAGCAGCAGCAAGGCUCGCCGCAACAACAGCAACAGCAGAAUAUGCAGCAGCAGCAACAGCAGCAAUCGGUGCAACAGCAGCAAUCCCUCCAACAGCAACAGCAGCAACAUCAUCAGCACCAUAGCAACAGCAGUGCAAGCAGCAAUGCCAGCAGUCACGGCUCCGCCGAAGCCCUUUGCAUGGGCUCAUCUGGUGGCGCCAACGAGGAUUCAUCCUCGGGUAAUAAUAAGUUUGUCUGUCGCGUCUGUAUGAAGACAUUUUCGCUGCAAAGAUUGCUUAAUCGUCACAUGAAAUGCCACUCGGAUAUCAAGCGAUAUCUAUGCACGUUCUGUGGCAAAGGAUUUAAUGACACCUUCGACCUCAAGCGGCAUACACGCACCCACACGGGCGUCCGACCGUACAAGUGUAAUCUGUGCGAGAAGAGCUUCACGCAGCGCUGUUCCCUGGAGUCGCAUUGCCAGAAGGUGCACAGUGUUCAGCAUCAGUACGCUUAUAAGGAGCGCAGGGCUAAGAUGUAUGUCUGCGAGGAAUGCGGUCACACAACCUGCGAACCGGAAGUGCACUAUCUGCAUCUGAAGAACAACCAUCCGUUCUCGCCGGCACUAUUGAAGUUCUACGAUAAAAGGCACUUUAAGUUCACCAACUCGCAGUUUGCCAACAAUUUGCUCGGUCAGCUGCCCAUGCCUGUGCAUAAUUAAUCGAUGAUGGUGAUGUUUUAGAAUUUUAAGAACUCGAACAAACUUAAGCAACCAACACAUUGUGACUUUGAAGUUUUUUGAAAACUGCCCCCCGUUCCGCGGAGGAUACGGAAUUUUUGGAGAUUAUGCUUAUUAUGUAUAUUUUUGCUUAGAUCAUAAGUUAUUAGUUAUUAUAGCUCUACUAGGCUACAGUAUCAUGCUAAACCAACCCACUCACUUUGCUGUGCAAAUCAAUCUCUAUAUCUCACACUUGAACACUUCAACUCUUUUGUUUAUAGUUAAUCUUGAAUUUUCGUUUUUUACUUUUAUAUAUAUAUAUAUACAAUUUUUUUUUUUGGAAUACCGUUUCUUAGUCAAAAAGUUAUCGUUAGAUUUAAGAAACUGUUUAGAAGAUGCUUUGAGCAAAACACAAAUUAUGGAUUAUCGAUCGUAUAUAGGAAUUAUAUUACCAGAGAAUAUAUAAAAAAAGGAUAUAGUUGUAAGAUGUUAAGAUGUUAGGAGCUACCAACCGAACAAGCUGCAAACGUUUGCAUUUAUUUGUCUUCAACAGAAACCUAAAGAAAAAAAAAAAAAGAAAAAACAAGAAAUAUGAUCAAGGAUAACAUAUUUACACACCACCACCACCAACCAUAUGCAUAAAUAUUUAUUACUUAAUCACAAAACCACAUUGCAAAGAGGCAAAAAACAUUCAAUUAAUCUAGGCUAAGAUCGAUAAAAGAAACAAAAAGAAAAAAAAGCUUAAACUAAAGUUGUUCAUAAAUGAAGUCAUAGCCCAACAAAAUCAAACUUUAUAUGGAAAAAUCGAAUCGAAUUGCGUAUAAAAUGAUUCUAUGAAUAUAUAUUAAUCGUAGAUUUUAAGCAAUACCACCAAUUGUACUGAUCUUAACUGAACAAAAACACUAAAAACAAAAACAUAUUUUAUGUAAACAUACAUAUAUCCGAUGAUAUAUAUAUAUAUAUAUAUUUUAAGACCUAAAAUUCAUAUGUAUAAGUUAGAAUUAUGCUUUGAAUCUGGAUUCGAAUUUGAGUUUGAAUUUGUUUACGAUUGGAGAGGAAACAAUGAUUUCCAUGAUUUCGUAACAUUAAACUGCAUUAUUAUUACUGUU